AAGAAAAAGCUCCCCAACCCGCCUUUUAUUUUAUAUCCUCCGACCCCUUUUCUCAUUCUCUCUCUUCCUUCGUCGAACAAUUGGAGGGCACAACACAAAUUCGAAGAACAGAGAAGAAAUCAAUCAAUUCAAACCAAAUCCAUUCCAAGAAGCCAAGUAAAUCUCCGACGAGGAACGAUGUCUCUCCGACCGAGUAGCCGGACCGAGGCCCGCAAGAAGUCGUACAAGACCGGCGUCGACGCCGACGAGGCUCGCCGGAGGAGAGAGGACAAUCUGUUCGAGAUCAGGAAGAACAAGCGCGAAGAUAAUCUCCAGAAGAAGAGGAGAGACGGCCUCAAUCUCUCCCAGCAGCAGUUGCUCGAUGGCGUUCAGAAUGCAGCUUUUGUCGAGAAAAGGUUGGAGAGCAUUCCAGCUAUGGUGCAUGGGGUAUGGUCUGACGAUCCCGCCGCACAAUUGGAGGCAACUACUCAGUUUAGAAAGCUACUAUCAAUUGAGCGCAGCCCUCCAAUUGAUGAGGUUAUUAAAGCAGGUGUAGUCCCUCGAUUUGUUGAGUUCCUUGCACGGCAGGACCAGCCCCAAUUGCAAUUUGAGGCUGCAUGGGCUUUGACCAAUGUUGCUUCUGGAACAUCGGAGCAUACACGAGUUGUUAUUGAUCAGGGUGCCGUCCCAAUGUUUGUGCAACUUCUUAGCUCUGCCAGUGAUGAUGUCAGAGAGCAGGCGGUAUGGGCUUUAGGUAAUGUUGCUGGUGACUCACCAAGCUGUAGGGAUCUUGUUCUUAGUCAUGGUGCGCUCAUACCUUUACUAACUCAGCUAAAUGAGCAUUCAAAGUUAUCCAUGCUGAGGAAUGCUACAUGGACUUUAUCUAACUUCUGUCGGGGAAAGCCUCCAACUGCAUUUGAACAGGUUAAGCCAGCCUUGCCAGUUCUUCGGCAACUUAUUUUCCUGAAUGAUGAAGAAGUUUUGACAGAUGCUUGCUGGGCCCUUUCUUAUCUUUCAGAUGGCCCAAAUGACAAAAUUCAGGCUGUGAUUGAAUCAGGCGUUUGUCCACGACUCGUGGAACUUCUGACGCAUCCGUCCCCUACUGUUCUUGUUCCUGCUCUUAGGACAGUUGGCAACAUUGUCACUGGUGAUGAUGCUCAGACUCAGUUUGCAAUAGACAACCAGGUCCUCCCUUGCCUCUUUCAACUUCUUACGCAAAAUCACAAAAAGAGCAUAAAGAAGGAAGCUUGUUGGACGAUCUCAAAUAUCACAGCUGGAAAUAAAGCUCAAAUACAGGCUGUAAUUGAUGCCAAUAUCAUUCAGCCGCUUGUACAUCUUCUCCAACACGCGGAGUUUGAAAUAAAAAAGGAGGCUGCAUGGGCCAUCUCAAAUGCCACUUCGGGUGGUUCUCAUGAACAAAUCCAAUUCCUGGUUACCCAAGGUUGCAUUGCGCCACUCUGUGAUCUUCUAGCUUGUCCAGAUCCAAGGAUUAUAACAGUCUGCCUUGAGGGUCUUGAAAACAUUCUCAAGGUGGGUGAGGCUGACAAAGAAAUGGGACUGAACGGCGGAAUCAAUCUUUACGCACAGCAGAUCGAUGAAUGUGACGGACUGGAUAAGAUUGAGAGUCUUCAGAACCAUGACAAUAAUGAGAUUUAUGAGAAGGCCGUGAAGAUCUUGGAGAGAUAUUGGACUGAAGAAGAUGAUGAUGAGAACCUCCCAGUUUUCGCUGGAGGCCAGCCUACCCUUCCUCCCGGCGGCUUCAAGUUUGGGUAAUAAUAGUACAAUUGCAGCUGUCUCCCCUGCUUUCGACCAUCGUUUUUUGUUUUUGUUUUUCUUUUAGUUUCCCUCUUUUCCGGGACGAAUUCUUUAAAACUUCAAUUACAUUUUUCAUUGUCAGAAGCCAGGGUUUUUAGUAUGGCACAUGGGCUCUUUUAUGAAUUUGUUAUGUUGGAAGUCUGGAAAUUUUUUGCUUCCUAUAUUGUUUUCCCUCUCUUUAAAAUUUACACACUGGAAUAGGAAUCCUAUUGCCUUUAUGUCUAAGAGGGCGACUGUCUGUCGUUUGAUA